AUGAACUUGAGCAGUUUAGUACUGUCUGACAAGCAGCUGACGGCAGAGCAGCAUAACCACAUCCGGGAUCUGCAGGAUGAGAUUGACGAAAUAUGGAGCCGCCGCGGAGACUAUAAGAUCAACGAUGAGGCAUGGAAAAAAAUGCCGCUUUUUAUGGAUACUAUCACAGACAAGGAUCUCAAGAUGAAUGCCGAUUGUGCUGCCCUUGCUAGUAUCGCCUACGAUGAGGUCCCACCUGAGGACAUUGCAGAGAGUAGGAAACAACAUGGCAACAAGGCCAUUCAGCUCGCCCUCAAUCCAGAGCAGGUGAACAAAGAGAAUCUUGCCCGCGCGGCGGCCCAUUGCUACACUGAAGGCCUGAAUGCAGAAUGCAAGGAUCCUGUUCUGAAUUCACAAUUGUAUGCCAACCGAAGUCUUGCACAGUACAUCAUUCAGAACUUCGGUCAUGGUCUUGAGGACGCACAGCGUGCCAUCAUUCUCAAUCCUGAAUAUAGCAAGGCUUACUAUCGUGCCGCACGGUGUGCGGAGCGUGUAAAUAAGUACGAUCUUGCCAUUGACCUUUUGUCAAAGGGACGCUGCACAAACCCACCACCUGAAGGUUUUGCGUUGGAAGAGUUUGCAGAAUUGGAGCGUGUAUGCCGUGAAGCGAAGGAGCGGGCGCAAAAGAAGGAAAAGAAGGAUAACAUUCGCACACGAGUGAAGGCAGCUGAAACGUGUGGUAUACUGCGUGCACUCACAUCUCAUGGCAUUCGUUUGUCGUCUACGCCGGAGGUGAGUAGUGAGCAGAUGGGGGUGUACGGUCACCAUCAGCCGUUCUUUGACGCGGAUGGCUUUCUGCAUGUGCCUGUCCUCUUUAUGUAUGACGAAUAUCAGCAAACAGACUUUAUGCAGGAUGUCACAUGCAACAUCAGCACGGAAGAACUCCUUGACGAACUAAUGCCAUUCCCCUGGGACGAUCGCGGUCGAUAUCGUCACAUGGAUGACAUCGUUGUCGUCUUCAAGAUAGAUGAUGGGGUAAAGAUGGCGGAGUACUACGAGGUGGAUCUGUCAUGGUCGCUUAUAGAACUCUUUCGCUCUGAAUCAUACAAAAUGCCUAUGCUGCUUCCUGUGCUUCACGUUGUCUGCAAAAGCUCCGAACUGCUGCAGGAGUGGAACCCCCGGAAGCCAUUGUAG